UUUGAAGUCUAAUGCAUGAAUGUUUUUGUGUGUAUGUAAAUGUAUAUGUGCGUUGAGUAUAAAUGUGAAGCCUCAUCAUCUAUGCCUUCUUAGUUCUAAGUCCAACACCAAAAUCUUUACUCUAUUUUCUCUCUUUUAAUUACAACAACAUAGAAUAAAAGAGAAGAGAUAAAACACAUUCAUGGAGUCACCAAGCCUUCCGAUGACGGCAAAAGACUGGAACACCACCAGUCUCCACCGUGUACUCGCUAUGCAAGGUGGGGAAGAUGACCUCAGCUACAUCAACAAUUCUGAUAGCCAAGCUUUGGCUAUAACCUUAAGCAAACCAAUCCUUAUCUCAUCUCUCCAAUCUUUCAAACUCUUCUCCGACCAAACUUCUCCUAUCAGGAUCGUCGACCUCGGCUGUGCCACCGGCUCCAACACGUUUACUAAUGUUGAUACGGUGGUCGAGACUUUACAACGGCGAUACACGGCGGUGUACGGUAGUGGUGGCUCGCCGGAGUUUGAGGCUUUCUACUGUGAUUUGCCUUCUAAUGAUUUUAAUAUGUUGUUCAAGCUGUUGACUGAGAAACAGAAAGCUGAUUCUCUAGCGAAAUACUUCGCCAGCUGCGUCGCUGGUUCGUUCUAUGAUCGGCUUUUUCCGAGAAGAACGAUUCAUGUCGCUGUGAGCUUAAGUGCCUUACACUGGCUCUCUCAGAUACCGGAGGAAGUAUUGGAGAAAGGAUCAAGAACGUGGAACAAAGGGAAAACAUGGAUAGAAGGAGCAAAGAAAGAGGUGGUGGAAGCAUACGCAGAGCAAUCAGACAAAGACUUGGAUGAUUUUUUGAGCUGUCGGAAAGAAGAAAUGGUGAAAGAAGGAGUGUUGUUUGUGUUAAUGGGUGGUCGUCCUUCUGGCACUAGUAGUCAGUUUGGGGACCAAGAUACUCGAACCAAACAUCCUUUCACAACUACCAUGGAACAAGCUUGGCAAGAUUUAAUAGAUGAGGGUUUGAUAGAUGAAGAGACAAGAGACGGAUUCAACAUUCCGGCGUAUAUGAGAAGUCCGGAGGAAGUGGCGGCCGGGAUAGACCGUUGCGGUGGUUUCAAGAUAGAGAAAAUGGAAUUUAUGAAAAUAGUCGAACACUCGGAUGAGAAACAAGAAGAGUGGAAGAAAGAUCCGGUUUCGUACGGACGAGCCAGGACCAAUUUAGUUCAAGCAGCUAUUCGUCCUAUGGUCGAUGCUUAUCUUGGACCUCACCUAUCCCAUGAACUCUUCAAAAGAUAUGAAAACCGUGUUUCCACAAACCGAGAAUUUCUCCAUAUAACUUGUUUCUAUGGAGUCGUCGUUUUGUCCGCCAUCCGAAUUUAAAGAUGAUAUAAAGUUGUGCUUCGUUCGUAAUUCGUUUCCAUCUAAGAUUUGUGGUAGUUUCAUCAGAUAAAUUAUGUGUCAUGUUGUAAUUUCUGAAGUACAUGUACAUAAAAGCUUGUAGGGUUGACUUGGCCAUAUAUAUAUAAACCGCAGCGUAUCUACAA